UCUUCUCCAGCUUCCAAUCUUCACCAAUCACCAAUCACCAGCCCUUACCCAGCGAAGCGACCGGCGUCCCCUGUUCCCUUCCCAUGGAGAUUGCCUACCCCUACGGCGGGGACCUCACCAGGAAGCACGGCUUCGUCACAGGCCAGCCGUUUGACGCCAAGAUCGACAUCAUGUCCGGCCAGAAGCGCGCGAGGGAGAUGGAGAUCCUUCGCCAGCGCUUCCAAGCAGAGCUCGUCGCCGUCCGUCGCCUCCUCCACAAGGCGGCCGCCGUGCUAGCUCCCGCCUCGUCCCCGUCGGCUCCCCGCGUCAAGAAGAGUCGUCCAAGGUUCUUGGCCGAGGAACCGCCGACCAAGAAGAGGAAGGCGUCCCCUCCAGUUCCCCUGAUCAAUCGCAAGAAGCCGCCUACGAAGAAGAAGAUGACGGCCUCUGAGCGGGAGAUGCUCGCGGAAGACCUGGAGCUCUUCGUUGCGGAAAUCCCCGAUCACAUCGUCCAGCUCUUGCAGAAGCACAGCUGCGCCACCCGCCCCGGCGAAAUCGAGAUCGACCUCCACGCGUUGGACGACGCUGCUGCUGUCGAGUUACAGGAGCAGGUUGACAAGUUCGCUCGAGAGAGGAGGUCGGCGAAUCCGUCGCCCCAAGAACGCCAUCAAGACGGCCCUGAGGUGAUGGCCGAAGAGGAGGUCGAAGAAGUUGACAUCUGUGGCGGCGUCUCCCCCUUAGCGAUCGUGCCGCAACCUCUGCUGCAAGAACGCCACCAAGACGGCCCUGAGGUGAUGGCCGAAGAGGAAGAGGAGGAAGAAGUUGACAUCUGCGGUGGCGUCUCCCCAUUACCGAUCGUGCCGGCACCUCUGCUGCUCGUCGAAGAUGAAACAGCCAGCGGCAGCCCAAGCUCCAGCAGCAGCAGCAGCAGCAGCAGUUCAGAUACUGAUUCCAGCGACAGCGAUUCAGACACUGAUUCCGGCAGCAGCGACUCGGGUUCAGAGCACUCCGGCGGCAGUGACUCAGAUUCUGAUUCCGACGAGAUCGUCGACAGUCCAGCACCGGCCACGCCUCCAACAUGUGAGCAGCUCGCCUGUGCUCUGGAAAGGCAGCGAAAGGAGGCCACGUCCCGGGCGAGGGAGAAGGCCCGUCAGGAGCUGCUCCAGAUGGAGAAGACGGCAAUGCCCGACGAUACCCUACACCGAGAGGAUCUGAAGAGGCUCGGCAUUGAUGAGUACAACACAGCGAAGCCCAGCAACGUGUUGCGGCAGAUUGGGCUCUACCUCAAGGUUGACGAAGACUGGAAGCAGCAACGCCGUCAAAGCUUCCACGAGGAUUUAGAGGAAGGCGAGAUUCGGUCGUGAUCGUCGUUGCUAGCAAGGUCCUAUAACAAGUGAUGCUGUUGCUGAUGGCUUGAUGCCUCACACAAAACUUGUAGCUCUCUUCUGUAGAUUGUAUGUGUGCUGAACAUG